UGUAGAAGUAAGUGAUGUAGAGGUGAGGACAAAAAUCUCUUAGGUCCCCUGGAAGAAGAUCGAUAUGUAGUAAGUUAUCGAAGAAUUUAUAGCAUUUUUAGUAGGCGACGAUUCGUUUUUUUUCUUCCGCAGACACGCGAAACCAAAGAUGAAUCAAUUUGAAUUUGAAUUGUAAGGAUGUAGUCGGAGGUCCGACAGGCCCGCCGGGGCGCCGCCGCGUGCGCUGGUUGUCCACUUUCUUCUUAUACGGUACGUGGUGGACCAGACACGUGGAGCGCAGAAUUGCAGCGUCUCCUCACAGCAACAUCGUCGCCAUCCCUUUUGGGAACAGAAGAAUAACGUCGAGUAGCACCUCUAUUGUUAAGGGUUAACCAAUUACAUCCCCCACAACCAUUCCUCACUCUUUUUCCAGUAGGAAAGAGGUGAGGGAUGUUCUGAAGAAUGUAAUGCUGCAACCUUUAAUAUUGGCACCAAACAAGAGUGGUCGGAUCUUCAUCAACUACGCACACCACGCCUCCCUCGUCUUACCAUCUUCCCGCGAAGAGUCGGUCUUCGACGCGAACACGAGAGAAAUACUUUCCCCUUGGUGUCUAAACCCUAAAUCCUCCGAACAUCAGCUCUUACCAAAGAACGACGGAACCCGUUAUUCAUCUCCGCACCAGCUGGAAAGAUGACGUCCUUUUCCAAGGUGUCGUAUAACUAUGGGGCCCAGUCGCAGGCCCAGUCGCAGGCGCAAGCACAACACUAUGAAAAAUUGCUUCAAAGGAUAGGCGAACUGGAGAUGGACUUGGGACAGACGGUGGCGGCAAAUUCAAGGUUAGUAUUCUAAGAUUCUAAUGCAAAUGCACAGAAAUAUAGCUCUUGACUGUUAUAUAGAAAGCCCGUUUAAGAUUACUUCGCACAGAAAUAAAGCUCUUGCCUGAUAUACAGAAAGGCCGUUCGUUCCAUGAAAACAAGACAUAAAAUCAAGAGCCUAACUACACGGGAAAAGGCAAGGCGCACGAGCACUACCGUUUUUUUGUCGUAGGAACCACUACCUCUUCCACCCACCAGCCACUCCUUCAUUUUCACUUACAUCACCGAUUCUUCUAGCUGCUUAACCCGUAACCAAGCAUGGCGAGUACGCAUCUUCGAAUGAUCACAUCGCCAACACUACCACUUCCAGGUUGGCCGCCGAUGUGGAAUCGUUGCAGAAAGUCCAUAAGGAGUUAGUUGACGCCUAUGAGCGGGUACGGACGCAGCAUACCAGUGCUAAGAAAGCCUUAGGAGAAGAAAGACAGCGUUACUCGCGGUUGGAGCAGGAGUUCUCCCAGCAGCUGAAUGAGUGGCACGAUAAGAUGCUGCAUAAGGUAUCUUGGUGUAGAUGUUUCUUUUUGAUCGACACCUUAUCGAGCGGGUGACGUACUACACGCCAAAGAUCACAAUCUAUCUAUAACUUGUUUGAGGAGCACAACAAUUACUACUCUGUCACCUUUUUAACUAUUCCCACUAUUCACCGUUCCCCCAACAGGCAAAAGAGCUAGAAGAAUUGCAGCAGCUUGGGGAUCCUGCUAGGGAGAUGGAAAUGAUGCGAUUGAAAGUCAGUGAAGAGUUGGAAGCGCUUUAUCAGGACAGACUAGAGGCUGCGGACAAAAGAGCGGACUUGGAGUUAUGAUAAAAUGACUUUUACUCUAAGUACUUCUUGACCUGGGAGGCUUAGACCUGAAGCCCACAACCAUGACGGAUAAAAUGGUCGUACUAUUUGCCUUCUACAUACAAGAACAUGUUCCACUCCAUAACCCUGGUCUGGGGAUUCUCUAGUACAACAACAAUAAACAAUAAUCUUCAGCAUCAAAACAACAACUCUUCCUCCUCUUCCUUUCUAACGAAAGCGCGUAAAUUCAGCGAUGCCAAGAGGCAGAUUGAGGUGCUGCGGCUGGAGCUUGCGCAAAAAUCUAAAGAGAUCUUAAACUUCGAACAAGAGACUCAGAGUCGCUUAGAGGUGCAAAAAAAGGUCUACUUAAGGGCUUCCACAUUGCGUCCGGCUCGCGCUACCGUUCUUGACUUGUUUUCCAAUAGGAAAGAAGUCAAGCGGAUGCUCUGAAGACUACAAUAGCACGGCCUCUAACCUAUCAGGAGAAGAUAGCCAGUCUCCAAUCAGAUCUCGACAAAAACGCGUCCCUAGCAGCAACAACGACCACGCUCAGACAACAAGUUUAUGAGAGGUAGUUCUUGAUUUAUAGUUGUUGAUGUACGAUAAGCAUGUUUUUUUGGUAGGGUUCUCGAGGUGCAUUCUUUGAGAGAUGGAAUGCGACGUGCUUGAUGCCAAAUCUAGGAAGCCUGUUAGAAUGAGUUCUAGGAAAGUCGUCUGCUUCUUUCUGUAUCCUACAAUUAGACAUUACUCUCUUGUUGUUCUAUGUGUCUGAAGUAGACUCUCUGUAUCCACCUACAAUUAGACAACACUAUUCUCAUGUACUACAGAAUUCCCUACUAAAGUAUUCAGCACUUGCAUUCUUCCACAGGGCCGCCAAGAAUAAGUCUUUAUUAUCCGAGAUGGAGGAGAUGGAGGUGAGGCACAAAAGUGAAGUAGAAUUGUUGCGGAGGGAGAUAACGUCUUCUCAAUCGGAGGCCCGCUCCUCACAGAGCAGAGCCAGGGAACUAGAAAGCGAUCUGUUAGCAGUGAAACGGGAGAAAGAAGAUCUGUCGGUGAGACAAUUGGGAUACGUGAUUAUGAGAAAUUGUACAAGUCGUGGGUCAACACUUGUUUACCGCCUUGUACUCCUUUUAGUUUGCUUCCAUAUUUUUAGUUGCAACUACAUCUGUUCGUCCAUAUUAAUAAUUACAAGCUUCGUGUAUAUCGUGGUAGAAUAUCUCAUCAUACUGGAUUCUAAGAUCAGUGAAGUAGAGCAAGCAAGGGAAGAUCUCCUUCGGUUGCAGAACUUGCAGUCAACGGAGAUAGAUAGAGAGCGGGUGAAGCAAGACCUGUUGACACGAGUUAAGACAGCAGAAACGGAUGCCGAGAUGAGCAAAAAGGAGUUGGAGGUAGUGCACUUUCAGAGCCUUCGCACCCUCCUUUCUGCCUUCGUAUCUUUCUGCCUUGAGAUUACACCAAGUUUCUUGAUAUUCUAAGGUGUGCUCCUCUCUUCUCGAAUUGGAUGUCUCAUUCUUCCAUGACGGCUCUCCUUAGGAGGUACUGUAUCACUGGAUGGCCUCAUAAGUAGACACUUAUGGCUACAACACAAGAGGUGCCAUGACAUGACAUGACUGGCCUCCCGGAUAGGAUUCAAUUCCCCUUCUACACCCACAUUCCCCAGGUAAAAGAGCAGGAGCUUUCCCGGUUGAAAAUGAGGUGUGAUCAGUUGUGUAAGGAAGUCGCGGAUGCUACGGGUGAGGCAGACCAAAGAAUAGCGGAUGCAGAAGUCCAAGUCAGCGCCGAAAAGGAAGCGACCUCACAUGCACUUGCGAGUUUGAUUAAGGCUGUUUGUUAUAAACUCUUGAGGUGUAGUUACUGCACUGACACAUACAAGAUCGUCGAUCUAUUGAUAACCGUACUAAUUAACAGCUUUGUUCUCAUCUGUCACUUUUGUACCGUACCUGUAGCGCACCAACAAGGUGCUAUAACCUUCCGAUACCAGCAGAAAGACCUCUUUCCACAUCAUGACAUGCACAUGACAUGCAUCGUCUAAUCCCAAAAGCGAAGUAGAGCAUCUGCGAACACAACUGCGGGACAAAGAGACUAGUUUUGCUAGGGAACUAGCAGAGUGCGAGACAAAGCUCGAAACCCUGACUGCAGAGUCUUCACAACUACGACUCACCUGCUCAUCGGAAGAGAAGGUAUCUUCUACGCCUUGUUUAUCAACUUCAACAGUAGAUGGGAGAGUCGGAUUUCGGUUUGUUUGAACUCUAUGUCUUUCUCAGGAUCUCCUGAGUUACGGAGCAUGAGUUACGCUUUUUUGCUUGUCUCAGAAUUUCUCCUCCAUAUCCUCUAUCUUUUUCUGCUCCCCGAACAUCAACAGACAGUUGUCUGUCUAUAUCUCAACAACAGAAAGCGCGCGAGAACGAGUUUAGGGCUAGGGAGUACGACAAUUUGCAUAAGCAACAUGCCGAACUAGAGAGGCAGAACCGGGAGCUGGUGACGACACACUCUUCCUUGAAAACGACGUAUGACGCGACCGUAGACGAAAACAGGACGCUCGUAGCCAGACUAGAGGUUAAGGGCUAACCAAGAAUUACAUCCCCCACAACCAUUCCUCACUCUUUUUCUUCCAGUAGGACGAAAGAGGUGAGGGAAGAUGUUCUGAAGAAUGUAAUGCUGCAACCUUUAAAGAGGAGGUGAACAAACUAUCCGCUGAAAACCGCAAAAGACUCGAAAACGACUCGGAGAAACAGGUACCAGGCGUUUGAUGUUGUGACGGACCAUGUGGAACUGUGAUGACCUCCUUGUUCUAAUAAGACGAGUGAAAGUAUGAUUGCUCGAUACAUGGGGGAAUAGCUGCUUCUAUGUGGUAGUUUCGGCGACCUUCAUCUGUUUUCUAACAAGAUUGUGGUCGGAUUUAUUAGUACUAUGGUUCUACUUUCGACUUUUCCUUUUUUAGCGAACUUGUUCAAAAAAUCUUUCAGCUCGAAACAAUACGCGGCACACUAGAGAAGGCAGAGGGUCAAUUAAACGAAAAAGACCGGAUGCUCUCUAAAGUCAGAGACGAAAGCAAACAUAUCGUAUGGCACGGAUGUAUUCACUCAGCUGAGAAACGAUGGCUGUUCUUGUGAUUUUUUUGAAGUGACCUGCAUCUUCUACUGCUUGAAGAUUAUUAGAACUACUGAUGAAAACUUGGCUCACCAAGAGUCGAAGAAAACUUGGUCGUUCAGAGUUUUCUCCGUCUGGACCUGACAGAAACCUCUUCAAUACUCACGCCGCACCUCAAGCUCUUCUAAUCUUGGCUUCAGCGAGCAAAAAGAAGAUAGAAUCGCAGAAGCUGAAGACGAAGCAGCUGCUGAACCGGUAUGCAGAGUUGGCUACUGAGAAAGAGCAAGUACUACGGAUCGCGGAAACGAAUAAUUAUGGCAGCGAUGAGGAAUACUUAAUGUCAUAAUUAUUGGGUAUGAUAACGGAGCGGCUUUUGUCUUUUCUAGUUACAGGUACUCCGCCACAUGUAUUCUGACGAAGAGGUCUUUCUCUCCUUCACUUGUGAUGCUUCCUCUUGCGACUCUUCCUGCGAAUCUUUGCAUAGUGUCUCUAGUACUUGACUCUCCACCCUUAGUAUUUGAAUUUAGUACUUGAGUCGUUACAUACUAGUAUCAUUCCCCUCUUUGACUCUCCACGCUUGUCUCCCCCCCUCCCUCCCUCCACUUCUCUCCCUCCACUUCUCUCCCUCCAUUUCUCAUCUCCCUCCAUUUCUCAUCUCCCUCCCUCCCCCGCCUCCCUCUAACGUGGAAAGAAGUACGAAUUGCAGAUGCUGCAAGUGCAUAAGUUGUUGAACGAUCCAGCCUUAAGGGAUGCGAUGGGCAGUAGCACGAGUAGCCUAACCGGUACUCAGAGUGGCGGUUUAGAUUUAUGGCCGCUCCAAGAACACAUAACGAGCAAGAAACUCAUGUGCCUCUCUGCAAGCAUCCAUGGUUCCUAGUGGACUAACGAGUAAAUUAGAUCCAAGUUGGUGGUCUUCCUUUGGUUCUAAAGGGUUAAAAACUAGUUAUGGAGACUAAGAUUAGUCUCCUGGGGAAGAUGGAUUUCUCUCGCCUCUAAUAGGUACAAACCUAGGUUUCCUGAAGGAACUCCAGAGCAUACGAGACUGCUUGGACGAUGCAAUAUACAGUGGAAAUGCAGUUGGUACGAAAAGGGGCAGUGAUGGAAAGCUAUAGAUGCUUCUGAGUCUUCUGAGUCUUCUUAUCAUCAUGAAUAAAUUGAGCCUCGAAUUCACCAAGAAAAUUGAAUAAAUUGAGUCAAAUUUUCUUAGCAGAGCACCCUCCCUAUGUUAAUUCAGCUUAGCUGUACACACCUUAUUCAAAGCGUCGACAGAAGAUUUAUUCAUGACGAUAAGAAGCUCUCCAGUGUCUUUUCCUCGACGCUCUUCAUGUGAUAAGAAGACAAUUUAUCUUUGAAUAAACUGAGCCUCUAAUCCACCAAGCGCCGCCGCCCUGACGGACACGAAGCCAAGUGGUAGUCCGGGAGCCGCCGCUGGGCCUGGGUAGAGAAUGGAGAUAGAAGAGAAGAUGAUAUCGGCGUGGUUGAAAUCACUAUGUGUAAUUGUGGUUCAAAUUAUUAGGUGGAUGCACGAACUAAGAUGAACUUUUAAGCUGUAUUAACAGAAGAUAGACCACGCAUCUGACUUCCCCUUUUUUUGUUGUUGAAUAAGACGAACACGCAGCACAGACUGCAAAUCGACACUAUGGGUUUUUGUUAACACUCCUCUCACAAUUAUUGGGAAAGAACGUCGAGGAAAAGAUAAAUUGGCUACGAUCGUCAAGGCUUAUACUUCUAUUGGGGUACAGGUACACUAUGAGUUCUUAAUCAUUCGCUAGAGGGUAGCGGUCGCGCAUCAUAUUAUCAGUCUAUCUACUUCAAAUUCAAUUUUUAGUCACACGAGAAAUCAAGAUGUGUUUGUGUGUUACAAGAUUAAGAUGUCUCACUGUAGAAAAGAACCCGAAGUGUGAUUCCUAUACCUAGACAACCGGUCAUCUAUUUCUAGUAAUAAGCUAAAAAUAAAUAGAAGCCUAUAUUAGAAGCAAAUGAUAAAACUCAAGCUUAAUAUUUCAGUCUUUUUACUAAGCGUUCGGUCGUUCGUUCGCCAGAAGAUCGAAAAUGCGCACACACACACGCCAAGAGAAAGUAGUAGUCGAAUACAGCGCACUAAUAGUAACACCACCUAGGUGCUGUUAGUUGAAGACAACUGAGGUGUUAGGUGAAUACACCUCAGUUGAGAUGAGAUUCAAUGCUGAACUUCUUUUUCAACAUCUUUUUCCCUCUCCCUCUCCGAAUAAAACGCACACCAGUUCUCAUGUCUGCUGUUUGCCAAAUUGUGACUCUCGAAAUUUGAGAACAAGUAUGGGACCACUAGGAGAUCUAGAAUUUACCCUAAAUAUCUCAGUCGUAUCUCAGUCGCAGUCCCGCAUCAACAGAUCAUCUCUAGAAAUGUCUCCAUCAGGUCUUUGUGUUCGCUUGUUCGGUCCUUACUGGCAACUUGAGGUAGCAUAUAGUUCUUCUUGUACCUUUUCCUAGCUCAGCACCGUGUUCUGUAAUGACAUAUGCCUACUUCGAGUUCGACGAUGUGAGUAUCUCAAAAAGAAUUCGGUCACUCGAUUCUCUACGGU